ACGUCGCUCACCCCUAAUAUUUUCUGCAGUUGCGGCGGCUUCGUUUGUGACAAGAGAAUUUCUGUUGAAAGGUCGCACGGCAAUUUUACAAAUUUAAUAAAACUCAAUAAGGAACAGGUAAAGGCUUCAAUUCAGGCCCAGCAAUAUUGCAAAACCAGCUGCAGACUUUGAACGCCGCCAGCAAAAUCAAGGCGAAACCCGUGGACAACGCAGGGAAAGCAAAGAAAGAAAUUGACGAAAGCAAUCGACGGCGUACUCAUACACAUAAGCGCACACUAACAUUGUGGCACAUUCACGCACUCACUCAUACAACUUUAUACGAAGCCGGAGCCGGAGUCGGAGUCUGCUGCUGAUAGACCUUAUUUUUUUUUGGCCCCGACAAGCCGAAUAGCAAGCGAGGAGUGUCCAUAGAGAGAGGAGUGGCGCCAGCAGCUGUGGCAACUGCGUUUAGUAUUCUAUUUUUCCCCUCCAACACUACAAAAUCAAGGCGAACAUAGACGAGGAGCAAAGCGCGGCGCUGUUUGCGACAUGGGCGUCACCGUGGAGUCGGGUGACACAGGCGGCAGCUCCAGGUCGUCGUCAGAAUCACCUUCAAAUUCGCGACCAUCCACGCCCACAAAGAUAACAGCUGACGAUGAGGAUUCCACGAUGAAAUCGAGUCCUGGCGAUGACGCUGACAAUGCCAUUGCCGAUGGCGAUGCCGACGGCGUUGGGAUCGGUGGAGAUGCGGAUGGCGAUGAGAGUGGCAGUGCCCAGAAAGAUGCGCGCGCACGCUCCAGCAGCUCCUCGUCCGACUCCAGCAGCAGAUCCAGCCGAAAUAAGAGAAAGAAGAAAAGCUCCGGCAGCAGCAGUAGCAGCAGUAGCAGCAGCAGCAGCAGCAGUAGCAGCAGUUCCAGCAGCAGCAGCUCCAGCUCUGACGAGGACGACGAUAAGGCAAAAACAUCAUCACCAGCAGCUGUUGCAAUGGAUGACGACGGUGAUGGCAAUGCCGAUUCCGUUUCCUUGGCAAACAAUAAUGGAGACAACGACGCAGAUGCUGCUAGCGAAGUGUCCAUUUCGCCCAACAAAAUACAUUCAGCCACAUCGGAGCGUAGUCGCAGUAAUAGCCCGGAGCGGCUGUACAACCAGGUGGCAGUGGAUCUAAACAUUAGCCAUGAGGAUCUCAGCGACGUAAGCGACAUCGAUAUGGAGAAGCAGGCAACCUCGAAAGACUCCACAAUUGCCGAUGACGAUGACGAGGGCGCCAUUUCGAACGAUUCGCUGCCAGCUAUGGAGGAAACCCAAACCCUCAAUGGCAAGGACCGUCGCUGCGGAGAAGACAAAUCCUCCAGCCAACACUCAACAGAUAAUAAAAUGGAGUCGGGGAAUGCUAAUGGCUUGGAUGAUCUGGUCAAGGCACAUGACGAUGAUGCGCUCGACUUUGAGGCAGAGGAGGGCGAAUGCCCGGAGCUGAAGGAGGCGGACGCUGAGACGGAAGGGGCUACCAAAGCGGCAGCUACAGCAAACGGCAAUGACUCAAAUAAAAAAGGAAAAUCUUCGCCGAUGCAAGUGGAUGAUGACAGCAAGGUUGUGGAGCUCGAUGGCGAUGCCGACGGUGAGGUGGGUGAGGAUGCGGAGGAGGACGAGACAGCCGGCUCAGACAAUGCCAAAAAGAAGAAAAAGGACGAAGAACUCGAAGAGGGCGAGGUAUCCGAUGAGGAUGAGAAACGGCCCGAGGAGACAGAACCAAAACCUGUCUGUCGCUUCUAUACGCGAGGCCAAUGCACUUGGGGCAUGAGCUGUCGGUUCCUGCACCCGGGUGUCACCGACAAGGGCAAUUACACAAUGUUUGAAAGCCUUGUGCGGUCCGUGCCCAUGCAAAGUGGCAGCGGGGCUGGCAACUCUUCACGAGGUGCCAGCGGCAGUGCCUACAACAGCCACAUGGCCGGCGUACCGCCCGCCGGUGACUAUCAUGACUAUCGCAACGAGCGUCCCGCUGCGCUGCAUCAUCGGAGCGCGGCCGGCUUGCAUCAUGGCAGUUUGUAUGCGGCAGGUGGCGCUGGUGUCAGCGGGCAUCACGAUGCGCGCAGCGGGCUGAUAAUGCCCGAUGUGCCGGUGGUGGUAGAGAAUGCGUGGGAGCGUGGUCUGCGCACCGCAAAAGAGAUGAUGCGCAAGGCGAACAAGCGCAAGGAGCAGGACAUGGACUUCGAGGAUAAGAAGAUGAAUCUGACGCUCUCGCCCGAUGAACUGGAAAAAGAUCCGUAUUAUCUCAAAGAGCGUGCCAGUUCGCCCAGCGUUGUACGCGAAUUGCCGCCAAACAAUCCGAUCAGUCACGGAAAUCCGCGCGCCCUCCUGCCCUCGGUGUACUCAAUGUAUGGCCAGCCGACGGACCGAUAUCGUUUUCCCUAUAUGGCGUCCAUGUCAUAUGAGGAUGUUGAUGUAUAUGGUCGAAUGGCACGCUAUCGGGAAUUGCCGCCACACCGUAUGCCACAGUACGAGGAUGAUCGUCGACUGCGGCCCGCGCGUGAAGUAAUUGUGCAGCGCGUGGAGGCGGUGGGUCGGGGUGACGAAUGGAGCGAUCCUUGGAUGCGUUCGAAAUCGAUUGGUCGCGGUCCGUCGUACGAGCGCGAUGAUAGGCGACGCCGCGAUCGUCGCAGCUAUAGCAGCAACACAUCCUAUUCCAGCUCCAACAGCUCACAAAGCGACUCCAGCUCCGAUUCGUCACGUUCUAGCAGCGCCCCGGAUCACAAGCGUCGCUACUCGCACAAGCUAAUGUCCGCCUCCGCAUCGCGUCGCCAUGCGGCCGGACGUGCUCGCUCACCCAGCCAAAUACCACGACGACCAAGACGCACGUCAAAGGGCAGCACCUCAUCUGCGUACAAGCGCACCGCGCUAGAGAAGCGCAGCGGCGGCGCUCACAGUCCCGCCUCUAAGCGCAAGAAAGUAUCUCCGACGCCUAAAAAGUUUGACAAACUGCGUCGUCGCCGAAGCUCCAGCUCGUCGGAUUCAGAUUCCUCAGACACUUCAUAUUCGGAUUCAGAUUCCGGCAGCUCCUCGUCGGACAGCUCGUCGGGCUCGCGCGAAACGCCAGCGAAGCGUAUGCGUGCCACAGACAAGGCGCUCAACGAGCGCAAACUAAUCAAAAAACCCACUGAACAAUCGGCAAAGAAGCGCUCACCUAUAUCCAUUGAGAUUAAGAAACCAUCGAAUAUGGUGGGCGUGUCGGCGCUAGUGUCGCCCACCAAUUCGCCCGGCUCUGACAAGGAGAAGGACAAUGGCAAGGACAAAGAGAAGGAGAAAGAGAAAGACAAGGACAAAGACAAGGAUGGCAAGAAAUCAAGACGCGAAGAGCUACUCAAACAAUUGCGCGCCGUCGAGGAUGCCAUUGCCAAGAAACGCUCUAAACUGACCUGAUAACAUACAAUAGAUCCCCAGCCCAGCCCCUCAAACCCCCUUGACGCAUCAGCAGCCGCAGCAACCGCAGCAACUGCUCCCAAAAUGCUAACCACAUACAGCAUUCAGUAUACAAUAUACAGGGAAGGUGCGCGCCCGUCUAUCUGUCGGCCUGUUGUACUGCUGCCCGGCAUAUAUUUGUGGAUCGGGUGGUCAUAACUGCUGCGACUUCACAAUUGGAACUGGAUUAGCAUCAGCCAGCUGCCUUAGCAUUCAGCCUACAGUCUUUGCAUCCGUAUAUAAAUACUUUUGUGGCUUUACCUAACAUUCGUAUCGCUUGUGUCGAUAUUGUGUCGAUUGUCAGUUGAAAACAAACAAUUCAAUGCAUUUAGUUUUAAUAACCCCUCCAUUAUUUACAUACACACACACGCAUACACAGACAGACAGACAGACAGACACACACACAUCUACACGCAAUGAAACAGACAAACAUUCACACACAUCUAAUAUUUUUUUCGCCGCUCGCCAAUGAUACUUCAUUGAUUAUGAUAGCUAUAACAUUGUAUAAAUAAACGGCGCAUUUCAU